GGGUUCCAUGCGGCUGGUUCCAUGCUGUAGCUGAGGAGACUGGAAUGGUUUGUGUGUCCUGCUCUGUGUGUUACUGCUGGAUGAUGUGAGGGGAAUUCAGGCGAGCUCUGACCUUGCGACAUGGAUGCAUUGACCUUUGAUGAUGUGCAUGUACACUUCACUCGGGAGGAGUGGUCCUUGCUGGAUCCAUCUCAGAAGAGACUUUACAAAGAUGUGAUGCUGGAGAUCUACAAAAACCUCACUGCCAUAGGGUACAAAUGGAAAGACCAUAACGUUGGAGAACAUUCUCAAAAUGAUAGAAGAUAUGGAAGACAUGAAAGAAGUCCUGUUGGAGAGAACCACAAUGAAUAUACACAAUGUGAUAAAGCCUUCACAUAUCACAGUCAUCUUCAAAAGCUUGAAAGAAACCAAACUCGAGAGAAACACUCUGAAGGCUUUCAACAUAUGGAAGCACUUGCAUGUCAGAGUUCUCUCCAAAUACAUAAAAUAACACAUACUGGAGAGAAACCCUACAAAUGUAAUCAAUGUGAUAAAGCCUUUGCACAGCUCAAGUAUCUUCGAUUACAUGAAAGAAUACAUACUGGAGAGAAACCUUACAAAUGUAAUCAGUGUGAUAAAGCCUUUGCACAAGGCAGUAAUCUCAAAGUACAUACAAGGAUGCAUACUGGAGAGAAACCCUAUGAAUGUAAUCAAUGUGGUAAAGCCUUUUUACAAUCCAGCUGUCUUCGAAUACAUGAAAGAACACAUACUGGAGAGAAACCCUACAAAUGUAAUCAAUGUGAUAAAGCCUUUGCACAGCUCAAGUAUCUUCGAAUACAUGAAAGAACGCAUACUGGAGAGAAACCUUACAAAUGUGAUCAGUGUGAUAAAGCCUUUGCACAAGACAGUAAUCUCAAAGUUCAUACACGGAUGCAUACUGGAAAGACACCCUAUGAAUGUAAUCAAUGUGGUAAAACCUUUUUACAACCCAGAUAUCUUCGAGUACAUGAAAAAACACAUACUGGAGAGAAACCCUACAAAUGUAAUCAAUGCGGUAAAGCCUUUGCACAGGUCAAGUAUCUUCGAGCACAUGAAAGAAGACAUACUGGAGAGAAACCUUACAAAUGUGAUCAAUGUGGUAAGGCCUUUACACAAAGAGGUCAACUUCAAACCCAUAAAGUAAUACAUACUGGAGGGAGACUCUAAAUAUGUAAUCAGUGUGAUGAAGUCUAUUCACACCAGAGUCAUCUUCCAAUACAUGAAAGAACAUCAUAUACUGGAGAGAAACCUUAUAAAUGUGAUCAGUGUAGUAAAUCAUUUUUAUCUCACAGUCAUUAUCAAGCUGAUGAAAGAACACAUACUGGAUAGAAACUCUACAAAUAUAAUGAAUGUGAUAAAGCCUUUUCACAGCCCAGGUAUCUUCAAAUACAUGAAAGAACACAUACAGGAGAGAAACCUUACCAAUGUAAUCAGUGUGAUAAAGCCUUUGCACAAGGCAAUAAUCUCAAAGUUCAUACAAGGAUGCAUAUUGGAGAGAUCCCCAUGAGUGUAAUCAAUGUGGUAAAGCCUUUGCAUAUGACUAAUCUUUUGGGAUGCAUAAAAGAACAGAUUCUGGAGAGAAACAUUACAAACAUAAUGUGGUAAAGCCUUUGCAGAAAACAGUCAUCUUCAAACCCGUAAAAUACUACAUCCUGGAGAGACUCUGCAAAUGUAAUCAGUGUGAUAAUGCCUCUUCACAACAGAGAGGUCUCCAAAUACAUAAAAGGAAACAUUCUGUAGAGAAACCUUAGAAAUGUAGUCAAUGUGAUGAAGCCUAUUCACAGCACAAUGGUCUUACCUACAAUAACUCAUACUGGAGAGAAACCCUAUGAACGUAAGGGAUUUGGUAAAGCCUUUGCACAUUACAAUACGCUCCAAUAACAUAAAACGACCAUACUGAAGAAACUCUAUAAAUGUAAUCACAGGGUGAAGCAUUUGAACAUCACAGUAGUCUCUGGAAACAAAAAAGGAACCAUCUAGGAAAGAACUCCUAUAAAGUUCUUUAACAUGGUAAGGUCUUUGCACAUAUCUGUAGUCUUCAUCCUCAUGGAAGGAUUCAUACAGUAGAGAAACCAUAUGAACAAAAGAAAUGUAGUAAUGCUUUUGCUCAUCACAGUUAUCUCUUAUUAUAGAAAAAAGGAGAUAUUAGAGAAAGAUCCUACAAGUAUGAUAGAAGUGAUGAAGCCAUUGCACAACACAGUUAUCUCUGACUACAUUAAAGGAAAUAUAAUGAUGACAAACACUAUGAAUGUAAAAAGGGGGGGGGGUAAGCCCAUUAUAUAACAUGGUCAACUUUGAAUAUAGAAAAGUACAUACUAGACAGGAACCCUAUGAAUAUCAGCAAUGUAGUAAACACAUGAAACCAUUCAUACUGGAGAGAAACAGUAUUGAAGGUAUUAAAUAUGGUGAAGUCUUUGUAACAGUGGUCUGUAGAUACACACACACAAGUCUUCAUGCAGAAGAACAUCCCUCCAAAUAUAAUUGAUGUGAUAAACCAUUUUUAUGUUAUCUUUGAAUACAUCAAAGAACACAUACUGAAGAGAAAACCUAUGAGUGUAAGCAAUAGUGUAAUAUCUUUUCAUAUUAAGGUAAAAGAAUAAAUGCUCUGGAAAAACCCUCCUAAAGCAGUCUGUGAGAUGAAGCCAUUUUACAUCACAGUCAUCUUCAAAAGCAUGCAAAGAGUCGUUCUCGAGAGAAACCUUAUGAAUGUAUUUUAAAAUGUAAAGCCUUUGGAAAUUUCUAUAGCCUUCAUGAUCAUGAAACUAUUCAUAGAGGAGUGAAUCUCUGUGAAUGCAAGCAAUGUGGUAAACCCUUUGCUUACACAUUACAGUUCUCACAAAAUGCAGAAAACAACACAUACUGGCGAGAAACCUUAUGAAUAUAUUUAAUAUUGUGAAGCCUUUGCACAUUUCUGUAGUCAUCAUCAUGACUAUUUAUACUGGAGAGAAGGCCUGUGAAUGUGAGCAACGUGGCAAUCUUUUUAUUCACCAGAUGCAAAGAAAACAUACAGUAGAGAAACCUUAUGAAUGGGCUCACUGUGGUAAAGCCUAUGCACAUCACAAUAAUCCCUGAAUACAUAUAAGAACACAUUCUGGAGAAAAGCCCAAUGAAUGAAUGUAAUCAAUGACAUAAGAAAUUUGCAUGUGGCAGUAGUCUUUGAAUAUAUUAAAGAACAGAUACUAGAGAGAAAACAUACGACUGUUUGGGGAAAUGUGAAAGAACUCAUAAUGUAGAGAAUCUGAAUAUAAAGGAUUUGGUAAGAUCAUUACGUUCAGCUACACAAGAUUAUUCUGGAGAAAAGUAGUCCGACAAAUGUCAACCAUCUACUAAGCACAGUGUUCCUUUUUAUUUUACAUGCACCUGCAAACUCAGCUGGACAAAACUACUAUGGAUUUAAAUGACAAACAAAAAACCCUUUAGAUUUUUCUUCUCUUGAAUUUCACAAAACUCUGGUAUAAAAUUUUUGGGUGUGUAUUGAUGACUUUUUUGUUUCUGAGAUAAAACAUAAUAUCUAAUACAACUUACAAAGAAGUUUAGUUUGGCUUAUGGUUCCACACCACCAUAGUGUCAUUAAAUCAGUUGUGAGACAUGGCAGCUAAGGGAGGAAGCUCAGCUAUCACAUUUUCAACUUGCACCAUGUAGCAAGGAGUGGGAACUAGAGCUGUCAUACAGAUGUAAACUCUAAAGCCCACCUCCACUGACAUAUUUCCUCCACCAGGGCAUUAUUUGUUAAAUGAUACAAUGGUUUCAAAUGAUACAAUCAACAUAGAAGGAUUGAUUUCUCUGAUUGCAAACAUACCUCUGUAUGUAUUUAUAGCCCUGUAAAUAUUUGAAAGUGUUUAUGUAUUAUGUUGACAUCAGGUAAUAAAACAUUCAUACAUGAGAGAAAUCCUAUUCCCACAAACAAUUUAGUUAAGAUUUUGACAUCACAUUCAAUCCCCAUAAAAUUAUUGCUACACCUCUUUUUCCUUUUUUAUUUUUUGUUUUGUUUUGUUUUUUGAGACAGGCUUUCUCUGUGUAGCCCUGGCUCUUCUGGAACUGACUUUGUAGACCAGGCUGGCCUCGAACUCAGAAAUCUGCCUGCCUCUGCCUCCCAAGUGCUGGGAUUAAAGGCGUGCGCCACCAUCUCCCGGCUACACCUCUUUUUCUUAAUAGCCUUCAAGCAAGUAAAUAAUUCACCAUGUUCAUGCAAGUCUGAUGCUUCAUAUGAGGUUUAUAUUUUGAGAGUUCUGAACUUGGUGUUGAAGUGUGCUGUAUGUGUGACAAAUGCCAUUAUUUAAACGUGUUUUGGCUUAGAGACUAUUAAUGACUACUUCUAUUUCUUUAGGGGAUAUGGGACUGUUUAGAUCGUUAACUUGAUCCUGAUUUAACUUUGGUACCUGGUAUCUGUCUAGAAAUUUGUCCAUUUCAUCCAGGUUUUCCAGUUUUGUUGAGUAUAGCCUUUUAUAGAAGCAUCUGAUGGUGUUUUGGAUUUCUUCAGGAUCUGUUGUUAUGUCUCCCUUUUCAUUUCUGAUUUUGUUAAUUAGGAUGCUGUCCCUGUGCCCUCUAAUGAGUCUGGCUAAGGGUUUAAGCUUGUACAACCACUCUGGAAAUCAGUCUGGCGGUUCCUCAGAAAAUUGGACAUAGUACUACCGGAGGAUCCCGCAAUACCUCUCCUGGGCAUAUAUCCAGAAGAUGUCCCAACCGGUAAGAAGGACACAUGCUCCACUAUGUUCAUAGCAGCCUUAUUUAUAAUAGCCAGAAGCUGGAAAGAACCCAGAUGCCCCUCAACAGAGGAAUGGAUACAAAAAAUGUGGUACAUUUACACAAUGGAGUACUACUCAGCUAUUAAAAGGAAUGAAUUUAUGAAAUUCCUAGGCAAAUGGUUGGACCUGGAGGGCAUCAUCCUGAGUGAGGUAACCCAAUCACAAAAGAACUCAAAUGAUAUGUACUCACUGAUAAGUGGAUAUUAGCCCAGAAACUUAGUAUACCCGAGAUAUAAGAUACAAUUUGCAAAACACAUGAAACUGAAGAGGAACGAAGACCAAAGUGUGGACACUUUGCCCCUUCUUAGAAUUGGAAACAAAACACCCAUGGAAGGAGUUACAGAGACAAAGUCAGCAGCUGAGACAAAAGGAUGGACCAUGUAGAGACUGCCAUAUCCAGGGAUCCAUCCCAUAAUCAGCCUCCAAAUGCUGACACCAUUGCAUACACUAGCAAGUGUUUGCUGAAAGGACCCUGAUAUAGCUGUCUCUUGUGAGACUAGGCUGGGGCCUAGCAAACACAGAAGUGGAUGUUCACAGUCAGCUAUUGGAUGGAUCACAGGGCCCCCAAUGGAGGAACUAGAGAAAGUACCCAAGGAGCUAAAGGGAUCUGCAACCCUAUAGGUGGAACAACAUUAUGAACUAACCAGUACCCCGGAGCUCUUGACUCUAGGUGCAUAUGUAUCAAAAGAUGGCCUAGUUGGCCAUCACUGGAAAGAGAGGCCCAUUGGACACGCAAGCUUUAUAUGCCCCAGUACAGGGGAACGCCAGGGCCAAAAAGUGGGAGUGGGGGAGAGGGUAUGGGGGACUUUUGGGAUAGCAUUGGAAAUGUAAUUUAGUAAGAUACGUAAAUAAAUAAAUAAAUAAAUAAAUAAAUAAAUAAAUAAAAUGUA